AUGAACAAGGAACGGGAUCCACAAGACGCUGAAGAUAAAAGCAAGGAGACACAGAAUACGGAGGAUAGCAGGGAUGCCCUCACGGAAAUAAUGUUUAGCUUGAAAAACCAGCCUGUGCGAGAUAUAUGCGUAGACGGUGCCACUCAACCUCUUCCGGAAACGCAGGCAUGGGCCCCGGAUUAUCCAGAGAGAAAGCUGGGCACGUCACAGUAUUUGUCUGAGCUCUGCUGCGACGAGACAAGUCUGGUCAUUCAUAGUAGGCGUCAGCUCAGAGAGCGGAGUGCCUCUGAGCUUCUGCUCGAUAAUGUACGUGCACGGUGGUACUUCGGAGUGGUCGACAAUGAUAGCGUACGCUCUGGGCACUGGAAUGGAGGCUUUGGUGUGAACGAACAGCGCAGCGUGACCUUCUCGCUCGCCUCGGUGACGAGGUCAUCGCCGACGUCCACCACUAUGGCCCGGUUGGUGGAACGGAGAGUGUCAUAA